GGUUAACCUCUCACAGACACUUGACUUCCUCUUGCAAACCUCUCACCAUAACACCCUGGAAAGCCCUCCUCAGUUUUUUUCCUCAAAUAAAUGUUAUAAAUAGUGCUGUGUUCUGUUGACUUGCCAUCCUGCUCUCAAAAGCCCAAAGUGAAGUUUCUCUGCACUGCCCUCCUUUUCCCACAGUCACACGCCUUUUCACUCCUGCUCUCUCGCUCUCGCUCUCCCUCUCUCUGUCUGUCUCUCUCUCUCACACACACAUACACACCCAUACCGGCACACACGCACACACACACCCUCCAGCUCACCUAUUGCCUUUUCCCUUUACACUUCUCAAGCUUUCCUUCUCUCAGAGGCUUUCUGCAGGAUUUUCCAGCUAGUGCUUAUCCGCUGUUGAGGGACCAGAGCCCAGCCUGACAGACAAUCUGGACAGGUCAGCAGAUAGACUGAUAUUUACACUUUAAAAAGGAACCAGACAGCAUGCGCUGCAUGAGCUUGUUGUUGCUGGGGACCUGCCUCGUGGUCCUGGGCCCUGCAGUGCGGGGAGCCCCAAGCCAGUGCCCCAGCCAGUGCCACUGUCAUGGUGACCUCCAGCACGUCAUCUGCGACAACGUCGGGCUAAAAAAGAUCCCACGGGUGUCAGAGGCCACCCGUUUGCUGAACCUGCAGAGGAACAACCUGGGCAACCUACCUACCGGGUCCUUCAGCGAGAGUAAAGGGCUCAUCUCCCUGCACCUGCAACAUUGCCAGAUCCGUGAGAUUGCAUCCCAGGCCUUCAAGGGGCUGAAGAAGCUCAUCUACCUCUACCUGUCCAACAAUGAUAUCAGCAGCAUCAAGCCUGGCGCUUUCGAGGACCUGACCGAGCUCACAUACCUCUACCUAGAUGGGAACCAGAUCAGUGACCUGUCCAAGGGCAUCUUCUCACCCAUGAUCAACCUCUUUAUUCUGCAGCUCAAUGACAACAAGCUGCGUGACCUGCGGCCAGGCACCUUCACAGGGGCCAAAGACCUACGCUGGCUGCACAUGAGCGGUAAUGAGCUGAAUACCUUGCAGCCAGGCUCUCUGGACGAUGUGGAGAACCUUGCCAUACUUCACCUGGACAGGAACAAGCUGUCCACCUAUCCUAUUGCUGCAAUGAGCAAGCUCCGUGUAGUUGAAGAGCUCACUCUGGGCAGGAACCCCAUGAAGAGCAUCCCAGACUUGGCGUUCCAGAGCUUUGGACGUUACAUGGAGAAAUUACACCUUGACAACAUGGGUCUGGAGAAGUUCUCUGAUGGUGCAUUUACUGGUGUAACAGCAAUCAAAUCUCUCCACCUGGAUAACAACAAGCUUAAGUCCUUACCUAAAAGCCUAGAGUUUGGUACCAUCACCAACCUCACACUCUCCAACAACCCAUGGAGCUGCACGUGCCAGCUUGCCCCUCUGCGGAAGUGGAUAGACUACAGCCGCAACCGUCCAGAUGCGCUGUGUGCCUCUCCACCGCAGCACAGAGGCAAGCAAGUCAGAGACACCACCGCCUUCAGUGGCUGCAGAGGCAAGCCAAAGAGAGCCAAGAAGGGCACGCGUCACUGAACAUGGACAGUACCUGCCACUGAACAGGAGACGCCGAGGAGAAGCCUGUCCAGGUGACCGGCUACUUUUGCAAAGAAGCAACGCUAACUAAAUCUACUUCAAGACUGUCCAUCUAGUCAUCUGCCAAAUGUUGUUGUAAACACACCCAAACAUGUGUAGACACACAUGCCCUCUCUGAUACAGACACACACACACGCACACACAUACACAAACACACACACUUGAAGGGCUUUAUCGGGCCAAAGACUCAGUUAAACAUUGGUAAACAAGAUGAAUGCUACAGUAUGAAGUGGUAACAGAAAACAUCCAGGUAACCACCAAAACAAAGGACACAUUUAGGUUACAGAGUGUACUGAAGACAGACGGGGAUGCAUUUUCUUGACAUGGUUUGGAUUCAUUCAGUGUUUCAAAGGGGCAAGGUUAUGAUAUACCCAUCUACCAAGUGUCCUGUGCCUUAAUAAGCAUGAAAACAAUGAGAUCCUGCAAGAGAUACUUUAGACGUGCCUCAGAAAGUGUUUUCCAGCAUCAUCAGCAC